UCACAUUGCCGUUGGUUGUCAACUCUCAUUUUUCGUAUAAAAUCGUGGACGAUACGGUUGGACAGUAUCAGUUAUCCAGCUGUUUUAAACAAGUAAACUACUGCUCCGACAUGAAGUUCUUUAUCCUCAUUGCCUUUAUUGCGUUCGCUGCUGCUGAUUCCUACAAGGCUGCUGAAAACGAGGCUCCCAAGUACGAAGCCCCUAAAUACGAGGCCCCUAAAUACGAAGAAGUGACAUACGCCCCCCAACCCUAUAGCUUCGGAUACGAUGUCCAGGAUAAAGAAUCUUACAAUGACUUUGAGCACAACGAGAAAUCUGACUACAACGUAGUCACUGGAUCCUACCGCGUUGUUCUCCCCGACAGCCGCAUCCAGAUCGUCACCUACAAGGCUGACGCCAACGGAUACACCGCUGAUGUGAGAUACGAAGGCGAAGCCAAGUACCCCGAGUACGCUGUGCCCCAAUCCAAAGCUGAUGCUUCCUACUCCGCUCCAUCCUACAAGGCUCCCGAAUACAAACAACCGGCCUACGUCGCCCCCGCUUACACCGCGCCAUCCUACAAGGAGCCAGAGUACAAAACUCCAGCCUACCCCACUCCAUCCUACACCACUCCUUCCUACACCACUCCAUCCUACACCACUCCAUCCUACAACGCCCCUGCUGUCUACCCUAAAUAUUAAUUCGCAUUGUCAGUUGCUUUAUCUUAAUUCUGAGAUUAUUAUUUAAUAAAGUUUUAAAACGUG